CAUCCUUUCCCCCCCACAUCACUCCCCCCGGCAGCCCUGCUUCCCGCAUCCCUCCCUCUUCCAUCCCUCCCUCCUGCAUCCCUCCCUCCAUCCCUCCCUCUGCCUGCGCGGAGCUGCAGACAUGGCGCUUAGCAAUUUCCUCUUCGCUCAGUGCAUCUGCUACUUCCUGGCCUUCCUCUUCAGCUUCAUCGUGGUGGUGCCUCUGUCCGAGAAUAGCAAUGACUUCCACGGCCGGUGCCUGCUCUUCACCGAGGGCAUGUGGCUCAACGCCAACCUGACGGUGGAGCGGCAGCGCUUCACCGUGCAGGAGUGGGGGCCCGAGGCCGCCUGCCGCUUCAGCAUCUUCACCGGGCUCCUCUCCCUGCUGCUGGCCACAGUGCAGGCCUGGAGGACCCUCUUCUUCCUCUGCAAAGGGCACGAGGACUCUUUCUUUUAUGCUUUCCUGAAUCUGCUGAUCAGCGCCUUUGUGGUGUUUAUCACGUUUAUUGCUAGCACUAUAGUGAGUGUAGGAUUUAACAUGUGGUGUGAUGCAAUUACCGAAAAAGGAAGCAUGCCAAAUAGCUGUGAAGAAUUGCAGGAUAUAGAUCUUGAACUGAACUUAGAAAACUCUGCUUUCUACGACCAGUUUGCUAUUGCACAGUUUGGUCUCUGGGCUGCCUGGCUGACUUGGCUGGGAAUUACCAUACUGGCUUUCCUGAAGGUUUAUCACAACUACAGACAGGAGGACCUGCUAGAUAGCCUGAUCCAUGAGAAGGAGCUGUUGCUAGGAAGAUCCUCUUCACGAACCUCCUUGCAAGAUGAGAAAAGUGCCAUGAUCUAAAGCAUAAGCAAAUUUCCAGGGCAGGAUCUAGGUUCUAUUAUUCAGUAGUGCAAGCUGAUGUUGAGUCAGAGUAUUGAGUGUGAGAGAUGCAUUUUUUCCUGAAAAAAAGUUGUACUUAUGAAUCACCCACUUUCUCAAUGAAAAAUUGUCGGCAGGAAUAUUCAUGUGAGGAUACAGAGAAUGAACUGCCCCAUGUGCCAUUGACAUAGCAAACUUUCUGUCCUGCACAUGCAGGGAGCAGCACAAUCUGUAACCUGCUGUUGCUAGCAGAAUUUCUGUGUGUUAUCACUGGCUUUUGGGGCAGUGGUUGUUUUUUGAGGACUGUGCUGGCAAGACCAGGCUACAGAAUCUAUGCUAUUCCUCCAUAUUGUUCUGCAACAACAGUAAUAACUGGAGCUGCGUCUGGUCCCUCUUGUCUCUCUCUCCUCCCUUUUGCUAAUAAAGCUGCUCUCAUUCUCACUUUAUUCUGGGUGGAUGUAGCUCCGGUCCAAGUACAGACUCUUGCUGUCUCUGCUUUUGCUAUGUGUGGUCACUGUGCUGACAAACCUAUUGUUCCCACUCUGAUUUUGAGUUUGCUUAGAACGUACAGACCUGUGUUCCAGAUGAUACUUACUAUGAGACAGUUUUAACGAAUUUCAUGAAACCAUUAUGUUAUCUGUAAAAAGCUGUGUACCAUUUGAAGGGAUGGAGGAGAAUGUUUGUGGUUUUAUUUAUUCUUAGAUUUUGGCAUGACCAUCAUUUAUUAUGGCUUCCUGAAGUGUAGUUUAGCUAGCAACUCCUGAAGCUUGCGUACUAAGAAGUUAAGCUGAGUUCACAGUAGCAAUGCUUGUGCAUUUAUAAGCAUAACUUGGUCCCUAAUAUUGUAUACUAUUUAGUUCUGAGUAUUAGAGUUUACUUGUGCUACUUAUUUCAUACAGAAUAUGCAAAUUUUUUGUAAACAUUUGCAUUGUGGUAUCUGUGUAUAUCUAUCAACAUAGCAAAGAGCAUGAACAGCUGAGCUAUUUUAUAGGUACUCAGUGCUGAAUGGACCCAUUCUCCCCACUCCUGGGCAAGAGAUCCAGGGCUGAUGAAUUUUGCCGUGAAAAGGGAGAACUGUUACUUUCACAAAGCUCACUCGUGACCUUGUUGUUGCUUUCAGUUUUGCUUGGCCAGCACUUCAGUGAAUAAGGUGGAUGAGAAGUAGGUCUGAUAAUUAGGAAUUACUUAGGUGAGUGUGAGAUUGCAUGGCAGAGAAGUAAAGUUGUGCUAGAAUUAGGCAGUUAUACCCUGGUGCAUGAUGCAUGGUAGACCUUUUUCAGCAGGAAAGUUAAGCAAGAAGUUAAGUUUAAGCAGAAGAAGAAUUUCAGGGAGCACCCUAACACUGCCUGUGUCAGAUGAGCUUGAACUGACACUGAAUUUAUUGCAAAACAAGUGCAAACCAUGUACAUCUAUACUGCCUGGUAAGCAGUAUGGGGGCUUCCCCCCCAUCAGAGCACAAGCAUUGGACAAGCACAACCAUGCAGAUUUACUGUUGUCUUCUGAGGACUAUUUGGUGCAUAAAGUUAAGCACCCACUUAAGUAGCUGAAACUGAACUUGAAGUCAUAACAAAUCCCUUAGUUUGUAAGGAUUUUAGGGCAUAAAAUCUAGCAUCACAUUUAACAACUAAAUUGUUCCCUCAGGUUUAGGAAAAAAAAAAAGGCCAUGUGAUAUAAGCAGUGUGAUGGCCCUGUGAACGUCUCUCAUAGCCUCAGAUGACCGGUCAUGGCUGUCUGCAGGGAGAUCUUGUUUUUCACUGUGAUUUCAACCCACAAGGGAAUGCAAUUCCUCUGAAAGCUUUACAACAGUGGAUUUUUUUUUUUAUUUUUUAUUUUUUGGUUGUGAAUUGAAAUAAAAGGAAAAGUUCCUAAAGGAGGAAUCAGAGAUUAGUUAAUUGGUAUUAAUAUUAGUUAAUUUGGCAUUGGGUUAAUUGGCAUUAACAUUAGUUAAUACCAAUAUAAAAUUCAGAGACCAGGACUAUUAGAGGCUUAUUUAUUUAUUUAUUUGGUUUGUCUAAUAGGGAAGACAUUCCUGCAGUUACCCAUGCCAGGGCAUGACCUUCCCCUUUUAACCAGGAAGAAGUGCUUAGGACAUGAAGGUUACCUUAUUUCCUCUGUUUCCCCAGUUGCUUCUCUGACUAUAACAGACACUACUUCCCUUUCCAACCUUGCCUGGAAUUUAAGACUCACCAGUGAUGUCUCCUUCCAUAAAUACCUUCAGUACACGCCUAACUCCUUGCAUGGGAUCACAUUGCUGCUUUGGAUAGUACAAUGCCUGUAUGUGCUAAAUCACACAGGCUGCAGUAACAUGUGGGUUACUGGUCUUGCUUGGGGGCCCUGAGAACUGAUGGGCAGAUGGCAGUGAGUGCCUCCCCCUUAUUCCUCCUCUGAGGCUCCAGGGCUCAAGCCUGGUCACUGGUUCUGAGGAGCAAGAUGCUGCUUUUCAUUGUGAGAUUGUCCAGUCGCUUGACAGUCUCUUCUACCUCUCUUUUCCUGUGUCUCUGUGUCUUUUCCUCCUUUCUACUUCCAUGAAAAGCAGCAGACACUGGGUCUGGAGUUCCUCCUCUCGUUGGCUUCUGUGGUUUUCAUAUUCAUUAAAAUUUAUCACCCUGACACUAUCUCAGUGACACUAUCUUCAUUGUUCUGCAGCUCAAUAGACAGAAAGCGGGAUCUUUAAAGCGUCUGGGACAGCCAGGUUCCUACUGCUAAGAAAAAGCCAAUAGGAAAGAAAUACCUCACUUCAGCCUUUGGAAGUGCCACCCCAAAACAAGUACAUGUAUAGACUCACCCAUUAACUUCAUCGAAGCUUGGCAUGUCUCAUUCAUUUACGUGGAUGAAUUCCUUUACCUCACAUGACAGAGGUCUUUCUUCAGCUUCACACAGCUGAGCAGGUUGAGUGAGGCUGGCACCCAGCUUGUGAGCUUAAUUGAUGCUUAAAUGCAAAGCUGGUUUUGAAGGAAGCUGCUGGGCAGGUGAGAACGCAGUGUGUGGUGAGCAGCUCUGUCUGACUGGAGGGAGGAAAGGAACAGUCCAAGGAUGCAGUUAUUGAGCCUCCUUGGAAUUUUUUGGUUUGCAUUUAGCUUUUUGCAACUCUUCCCCUAAAGCUUGGACACUCAGGCCAACUCAUUGAACAUGUGUUAGAAUGGCAACAUUAUGUAUACCUACCUACACACAUCUCUCUUUUGUACCAUUCUGACCUCUUCUUUGAGUCAUCCAUUGACAAGCAGUGUAGAGUUUGGCUGCAGUAGUGUUUCAUCUUAGUCAAAUAUUUUGAUAUUUGUGAUAUUUUAAUGCCUUGUUUAUUUUACCAUAUCCAAAAACAGGCAUCUGGGAACACUCUAGCAAGAGAUAUAUUCAAAGAACAAGAACAUUAUGUGAUAUUUAUGUUUGCAUAUAUUUUUUUUCAUAUGAUGGAAGGGAAAAGAUCUUUGUGGCCUUUGCCCAUGCAGCUUGCUAGCUGCUGCCCGUGGCAAAGCUGUGGGUCAUUCAGGUGAAGAGUGUGGGCUGCUCUGGUUUUCUAGCCAUUUUCCUUGUGAUGUUAAAGCCACAGUCAAAGGAUCUUAUUUUUGGCCUGGGCAAAUUGCUAGUAAUGCAGGCUGAACCUUAGACAGUCAAAAGCAAGUGGAUGGUGCUUUCUGAGACACUGGGGUGUUGCCAGUAUUCUGUUAUAUUGAAUAUAUUCCCUGUGUCCUGGCUACCAUCUGUGGUUAAUUUCCUUACCAAUUCCCUGCCAGCAGUGCAAGCUGCGUUAGAAAAAUCUCAGCCAAGCUAAAACAUCUUGGCUGAGAUUUUAGAUCAAUAUUGGUUAUUAUUUAUUUAUUUAUUUGUGUAAUGGAGAAACAAUUAAAGCCAAUUAUUUUUGGAACAUAAUUUCCUCAUGAGGGUACAAAUGUUCAUAACAUCUUAUCCCACUAAUUCAGGAGGCAUUUUUCAGCUGUAAACUUCUAGUAGGAAUCACAAAAAUAAGAGCCUGAUGAUUUACUUUAAGAACUUAAGGAUAAAUGCACGCUGUGGCAAUGUUUCUAUGGUCCCUUAGAAAAAUGGGUAUUGUAAUAACCGGUGAUGGGUGUUUAAGUAGAUAGACUUUGUUGAUGAAAGCAUUCAGUGUCAGGAUUCAGAGAUGGUGUAUGCAUGUAUGUACAAUGUACACAGAUAAAUUUCAGAAAUAACAGCACUGCCAUACUGCAGUAUGGAUACAGACAGCAUGGUUUGGAGUAGUCAUUAGGGUGCCUUAACUUUCAGCACUGCCUUUUUCUUGCUGUUAUUAGGGUCUGUGUAGUGUGACACACAGGUGAUGAUAUCCAGAGGUGGAUGCGGGUGUGAUGUGUGCAGAGUGGGAAAGCACUAGCCAGGGCACAACCUCUGAAGGGCUGAGAUGGGUUUCUAAUGGGGGUUUGCAGAGGUUUUAAAUCCUCCCCAGGCUCUUGGUAAUGUCCUGUAUAAGUCCUGCAAGGAACAGAGUCCUUUCAAGGCCUUCCCUCACCUACACAACAUGCUGCUGACUUAACCUGUGUAGUACUCAGGAUGGAGGUAGAGCGUCAGAGAACAGCAGCACACAUUUUACAGUAUUAAUGCGUUAGCAAAGGGUCCUUUUACCCAAGAUCCAGAAAUUGUUCACUACAGGCUCCCAAAAUGACUGAUAUGUGUUAGAAUGGCAACAUUAUUUGCUGCCUACAAGUCUCUUCAGGCUGAUGUGGACUCAGGAUUUGUGGCCCCAUUGCAAAGGAAGUGUGAGCCACAGGCCAUUGGAUAGGCUUUAUUCUGGAAACAAGGUUUCUGCACAACCUCAAAUCACACAUCAGUCUGUGUAAUGGGUGUUAGAAAAAGAAAUAGAAAAUGUGCAAAUUCAGAGAUGAUGUCACCUGCAAAAUGUUCAGUGCAGGAAAGUCCAUGCAAACUGUGUGUUUAGGUGAAAGAGGCUUUUAUUUUCCCCAUUUUCCAAACACCUCUGAUGUAUUGCAUCGCUUUUGUUGUUUAAAUUGUAAAUUUAACAGAUAUCCAGACAAUCAUUCAGACUCAUCAGAUUUACAGUUUUCCAUGACAAACUAAUCUGGAGUUUGACAAACUUUUGUCUUCUCUUCUAAAUUAAUGGCUUGGAUGUGAACAUCCUUGAACUAAUGGGAAUUGUUUCUGUAUACAGACCCUAAAUUCGCAUCUCAGACCACUUCCCUUGCUGAUGGAAAUAGCCCAUUUUUAUCUCAUUGGAAUGUUUGCUUUAGAGGCCACAAAUGUCCUUUCCUUAUGCUUAGGCAAUCUGGGAGGAGAAUUAGGUUUUGCCUGGCUAGUUUCCACAUCUGCAUGCAGUGAGAAAAUGCUCAUAUAGCUUCAUGAGCACUGAAAUUGUUUUAGAGUUAUUUCUGUUCAUGGUCUACCCUCCAGAAGUAUAUAUUUUUAUUUUUGUUCCCCACAAGGAAGAGUAAACCUAACCUGAACUAUAUUUUAGCAUUCACAGGUACAAACCUAAGAGUAUUUCUAUUUUUUGUUUGUUUGUUUGCUUGCUUUAAGCGAUAACAUUCCAUGCAAUUUCUGAAUCUAACAACUGCAUAGAAGAAAGCAUUCUGAUGUACUCCUGGCAUAAAAGAGAAAAACACAACUGCAGUCUCUCAAAAAAAUUUAGCAUUUGUUUCUGGGAGGUUAGACAAUGAUUUACUUAAUAUAUAGCAAGUACUGUUUAUUUCAAGGCAGGCAUGUAAUUGAUAGCAUCUUUCCAUUCUGUUGUUGGGAGGAGUAUUUAUAUAGCAAUGCUUUCUCUUUAGUUUCUUUUGUCCAUGCCAAAGAAUGUAAUCGAACUGAUACUGCAAACAUAGAUUAAUGUGAAUGUAUUCACCCGAGUGCUUAAACCUUUCUACCUCUCCUAGCUGCUAUAACUGAUUGAAGUGUUCUUGCAUAAAACAGUCAAAAGAAAAGAAUGCAUGUAAGAGUCUAAAUCCUAUUUUCAUUUUGAGCUUAAGGAUUUAGGAUUUAUCUCAUCAACUUCCUGUCAGAUCCUUGUUCCUAUAAAAUGGGCAUAGGCACCCAAGAAAGCCUCUGAGAAUAGCCCUUUCGAUGGGUCAAAUAAUUUAUUAUUUUUUUUAAAUUUAUGUCAGCAACCAUGACUUGUUAGACAUGGAAAGUUAUGUUACCUGGCAAGUAGGAUUUCACAGGAGUGGCAGAAGCAUGGAGCUACUCGUUAAAUGGGCUGUGGCCCUCCUUUCCCAGCCCUCUCCACAGGGAGGGAGCUGCAAGGCACAGGUUUUUAACCUCCUUGCCUCCUGGGGAAGAAUGAGCCUCCAUCUGCAUGGCAAAUGCUCUCACCAUGCUGUUAUUCUGCAUAUCCCUCAAAUCUUCCUGUUAGAACUUUUCUACUUGGCUAGAAAUUCCUAAAAACUGACAUUUUAGCUUGGUGGUUAUGGUGUUUAUCAAGGAGAUAAAGUACCUGGCAGCAAGAGCUCACUGAAAUAACUUGAAUUAUUUGUUUGCGGUGGAAACAAAAUAUGAGAAGGUUUUGAUCCCUCUUUCUUCCCACCUAUGUUGCAAAGUGAGGGUGGAGACACCCUGACAGGAGGUGGGAAUGAAGAUCCAUCAUUGCAGUUGACCUCUUGGGUGAUUUCUCAUGCAGGCAGAUAAAUGGCCCUGUGGCAAAACUCCUUAUUUUCCCUUCAUUUUCCUCCAAAUUUAGGCAAGUUUGACUUCAGUUUGUAUACAGGUUCUGCAUAGUGUUUACAAAUGCAAGAGAAAUUGCAAACUUUACUUUUUGUGGAAAAGAAAAUAAGAAAAAACAUUUCAGCUUUUCUCUUUUCUCAUUGGGCUCUCUGGGGUUCGACGCCGAACUCUUCCCUUUACACAAGCCAGGCCUGAUUUGUCUGACAUGUUGCUCUGAAAGGUUCCCAAGACUGGUGCCAGCACUCUCUUGAGGAACCUGGUGGAGUCAGACAAGUGGGAUAUUAAUCCACAGAUUUUAAGGGAGGGAAAUGUUUUAAAAUCAUCUGUCAUGGUAUCCCACAUAACACACUCCAGAGCUUUUCUCCCACUUGCUCCUGCAGCAGAAGGAAUUAUUUUUCCCUUUUAACACUGUGAGGUGCAAUUAUUUGUGCCUGAAAUACAGCACAUCCUCCUGCAACGCGCUGGAUCUUGAUGUAGUUAAUUAACCCUUGCCACACUUCCUAGGAUGCUGCAAUGAUUUUAAUCCUCUUUGUUGAAAGUGUGUUCACCAUUUGGCUUCUAAAGGUGCUAACAGCCUCCUUACACCAUAGUUUUUAAGAAAUGAAAGCAGUCCUUUGGCCAAAUGACUGUAGGAAGCUCAGUGCUGAAGAGCAUCCUUUGGGGGGAGAACCACUGCACAGGGUCCACAGCCAGCUCAGACAGGUGCCAUAUUAUAGCCAAAUACUCUCUGAGUAAAGCUACUGCAGUUUUUCAGCCCAAAUGAGAAAUCAAUAUAUUAUGAUCUAAAAUAUACUGCUGUAAGAGUUUUGCAGGCUUUUGCAGGUUUUUAUUCAAAGAAAAAUAAUAAACCUCUUCCACUGACGUCUCCUUUCCCUGGAUCCUUUCUUCUUUAAAAGCAUUUCUGGAAUAAUUUCACAGGGUUUUAUUGCCAUCAGGCUAAUCAGGCGUUAUUUCUCACAUCUCUUCCUAUCAGGGAAAAGCACAGUCAAGAGGGACAGGAGAGUGCCAUACUUCAGAAUAAAAAUAGAUAGUGUGGAGAACUAUUAGUGCUCUUCCCGUGAGGGAUUUCAGCAUUCAGGCUGUGACACGAGGGAUCCAGCGUGGCAGAGCCUGGGCAAGCAGUGCUGACACUGCUUUCAGCCUUAGCUUGGACCACGCAGAUUUUCACAAUUUGUUUUGGAAGUCUCCAGGUUUCCAUAAUUCAUUUAACUGUUGAAAGCAGGAUUGGGGCAGAUCCUUAGCUGGUGUACGCAGCUUAGCUUUGUGAGCCUCGCUGGAGCCAUGCCAGUCUGCACAAGCUGAGGGCAGAGCCUGGUCUGUUUUGGAUCUUCUUUCUCAUGCUUUGUAUGCUCUUCUGCAGUGUAACAAGUGCUGAUUUGGAGCAUUAAUUGCAUGCAUUUGACAGAAAUCAAAAUGGAGUUAGGUUUAUUGUUUUGAUACAGUCUCAAAAGGAAAGCUUUUUACUAGCAUUUUAAUACAGCCAUUUGUAAACACUUGGCAAAUAAAAAUUGUGAGUCCAAUCCUUCUGCUAAUAGAGUCAUUGACAAAAUUUCCUUUGGCUUUAGUAGGAGCUGGACUGGGUUCAGUGUAAGUGGUAUACUCUAGUGUUAAUGAUAAUGAUUUAAUGUUUUAUAUAUGGAUGCUUUUUUUGCUGGACGGUGCAUUGGCUUUUUAUGAUUUGGUGAUAUAUAUGAAUAAACUACUUGAAAAGUUAA